CUUCCCAUCGCAUUGCCAUGGGGUGUCAGCGAGCUGCAUCUUGUUCGACCUGCUGUGUCAAUUCAAAUGUUCUUUUUUUUCUUUGGACUUCCAAUGUAUUCGAACUCAUCGUUUCAAUAUCAUUGAUCUUUGGCGUCCGUUUUGUGACCCCUGAGACCCCUAAAAACGCCCGAUCAGCCGUUGCAACGGGUAGACAGACAGGCAGCCUUUUUCCUCCUCGUCCGACUCGGCACUAAUCUUGACGCGCGUCGGUCGAGCGUUCUCACUUCCGACACCAGGCAGAAGUUUUGACAAUUGCUGCUGCCUCCAGCGAGCGAACUCACCCGCCAUUGCCCGCAUAUUUGUGCCUCGACUGCCGCCCCUCCUGUCGCAUCUGGCACCAUGGCCGAAGUGGAGGAGACUCAAUUUUCGACCCUUGCCGAGCGCAUUGCUGCGCUAAACAGGCAGAAGAACUUCCAAUCCCCGUCCACAACCGCAGGAAAGCGACCGCCGCCUCCGCCUCCGCCGAAUCGCCCCGUUUCUCAAGCUGGAGGGGGCCAGCUGCCGCCUCCCGCCAGGCCUGAUGCCGUCUUGCAGAGGAGCCCGACUGUGCCUGCGCGGCCGGCUCCCAAGAAUGGCGCCCCGCCGCUCCCCCGCCGGAGCACCGCUCAGGUGGCCGAUGACAUGUCGCCGCCGCUGCCAGGCCGCGGCCUAGCCCCUCCGCUGCCCACCCGCCGACCCUCGCACCCAUCACAGGCCUCGCAGUCCCCGUCGGUCUCCCAGCAGGCCUCGCCUGCCUUGCCGCCCCGCAAGGCCUCGUUCCAGCGGCCCAAUGGACGCAGGAACUCCAACGAGUCCGACGUCUCGUACGUCUCCACAAUAUCCAACUUUUCACUCGGCCAUGCGCCAUCGGCCGAUCAGACACCGUCCGCAAGGAGGCUCCCGCCCGCCCUGGAUCAAGCCAACUUGCCGCCCCUGCCCCCAACCAGGCGUGAGACGGAAUCCAGAGCGAGGGAGGCCGCGGCGAACGGCGCAGCCAACGGCAAGGCAUCUCUGCGAUCAAAAACACCCAUCAGCGAGCCACCCGCGAGGCCAUCGCUUCCCCCGAGGCUGCCGUCGAGGCCAGCGAGAUCUCCAGCCGUGGAGCCGGUGCAGGAGUCCGCUCCUGUGCUGCCCAGGAGGCUGCCUCCGCGCCCGACGAGCUUCGACCCUCCCGUCCCGGCACGGCCAAAGGUGCCAAAUGUCAACGUACAGCAGCAUGUCCCUGAUGAUGCCCCGCCACCUGUCCCUCUGGCGUCCAGGCCCACGGACGCGCAGAUAGAGGCUGCCAUAUCGAGCCGCACCGCUACUCCCCAAGUACAGCCGCCUGCAGUCAUCGAUGACUGUUUGAUUUGCCGCGACUUUUCGCAGCCGGACGCCGUGGCCGCACAAUACCCUCUCCAUGCGCUCCCGCGCCACAACGUGGCGAACUAUUUGGCACAGGUCCUGUGCGGGCCCUUCUCGACUCUUACUGACAAGGCACGCGCUAUCUUCACCUGGUGCCAUCACAACAUUCGUUACGACGUCGAGGGCCUCUUCGGCAACUGCAUCCCGCGCGGACUGACCCCUGACCAGACGAUCCUUUCGGGCAAAGCGGUAUGCGAAGGGUAUGCCAAAGUCUACCAAAACAUCUCUCAGCGGGCCGGGCUCGAGUGUGUGGUUGUUGGCGGCCAUGGGAAAGGGUACGGGUUCCACCAACCAAAGGCCGGCGAGGCCCCUCCGCCGAGAGACCCGACAGGGCAUGCGUGGAAUGCCGUGCGACUCGACGAUGGCAGCUGGAAGCUUCUGGACGCCUGCUGGGGAGCUGGCCAUCUCGGCGACAACCAGGCAUACAACCAAAAGUUCGACCCGCUCCAGUUCACGAUGAGCAACGAGCUGUUUGGGCUCAGCCACUUCCCGUCAGACUCGCGCCAGUUCUUCCGCGAGGACGGCCGCGUCCCCACCUGGGAGGAGUACGUCAUGGGCCCGGUGCGCGGCGAGAAGCCGACGUGGUACAACGACGGCCACGACGAGGGCCUGUCGGAGCACACGGUGGCCCCGGCCGAGAAGCACAUAGCGGUCCAGGCGGCCGGCACCGACUACGUGCGGUUCCAGUUUUCCCACCUCUGCGAGCACUGGAAGGGCGAGGUCCACGGCAAGGGCAAGCCGCGGCUGCUGGCGCUCAAGGUCAACGGCCGCGGCGGCCGGGGCGAGGAGUUUUUGCCACUCGACACGGACGGCUACUGGUGGUGGAUCGACGUCCCGGCCUGCGACCUGGGUAACCCCGGCCAAAAUGUGUCCGUGUUCGCCCUCAACACGCUCGGCGACGCCCACGUCACAAAGGACGAGUUCCUGAGGAAUAAGGGCAGGAUCGGCACGGGCUGGUCGGGCAUCGCGGGCUGGGAGCUAGUUUGAGAGCAUAGAGGGGGUAGUCACAAAUCCAAACGAAAGAAAGAAUAUACCGAGCAGAAUAUCGACACAAAAGAGAGGGGGGGUAUAAAUAAUAGAGGAACCAAAGGAGGGUUAUAAGAGAAGAGAUGGCAGAAUACAAGGCCUCCCGGGUUUGGCGUCUGUUCACGACUUUGGCAGUUAUUUCAUAUUUCUGGGUACAAUACUUGGUGUCAUGGGAUCUGAGCGUUAUCUUGAGCAGCGAUGGAAUAUUCAGGGGUAGUCUAAUGCUAUACAUGGUUUAUAUAUUCACACAAAAGCUCAAACUCCAGACUCCACAAGCCAGCCGUUCCUCGCCAUGCCGCCUUCGAAAUCAAAACCCACCCAUCCCGAGCCAAGCCUCUCAGCUAGGUACUCAUGUCCCCAGAUCUCAUCAUGGCCAGCGUCUCCCACAUGUCGGGGAUGCCUCCGAGGCCCGUCAGCGACCUCGGCACCUCGUGGAACGGCCAACGGUUCUGCGCCACCUUGGAGCCGACCUCGCGAAUGAGGUCGUGCAGCGCGGGGCCGUCCCAGAGCCCCUCGCGCGUCGUGGCCUCGCGCAGUAUCUUCAGGGCCUUUUGGCGCACGGCCGGGUCCUGGGCGCUGGUGGCGGCGAGAUAGACGGGCCAGAGCAUGCCCGAGUCGUAUAUGAACCACCUCCCGCUUGGGUUGAUGGCGCCCCCCUGCUGCUUGAUCGCAUUCCCCGUCUGCACUAUGACACUUGCCACCUCCACCAUCUGCGCCAGGCUGGCCUGUGACCUGUGGCUGGCGCCCCCGCCGCUAUCGCGUCUCCCGUUCGCGGUGGCAUCGAUGCCGCCGAGGAGCUCGCCCGACAUGAGAGCCGGAUCGAGCUCCCACAUCUCCCCCGACGGGCUCGAGCCCAGGCCGAAGCCGCCAUCGAGGCCGACGUCCGACAUGAGCAGGCGGCUAAAGUCGCCGACGAUGGCGUCGUCCUGGUCCUCAAGCCCCGUCAUGCCGUCGAUGAAGACGUUGGCGGUGAGAACCUGCAGGAGGUCCAGGUGCAGCGACAUGUGCUCGGGUGUGGCCGGGGCCGGGCCGGCAGGGCCGGCAGCAAAGCGGUCGAGCAGGCUGGCCAGGCGGCUGGAGCGACGGCGCAGGGCGGCCUGCUGCUCGUGCUGGUAGGGAUCUGACCAGAAGCCGUGGUCGGCCCAGCGGCCAUUCGUCUCAGACAUGCGCGCAAUGACGUCGCGCAGGUGGCUGCUGAUGUGGGCGUGCGCCUCCGGCAGGGACUCGAAGGAGUCGCGCGUGUCCGGGGGGAAGGUCAGGGAGCCGUCGUCGAGACGGCGUCGAGAGUAAGCGCGCAGGGCGAGGGAGGGCUGCACGCCCGAGGCGAAAAGUGCAGCGCUGCAUUCAAGGCGGCAAAAGAUGCGGAUUAUCUCGCGCAUGUCCCGGGAGGCCUCGGGGUGUUGCGUAUGUGACGAGGGCGUGGAUGACUGCUGCUGCUGUGGCUGCGGGGACGGAGGAGAGGGCGAGGGGUGGCGGGAGGGCGGCAUACUACCGCUGAGAUCGGCGUCGUUGGCGAGAAAGUCAAAGGCCUCAGGGACCAGCGACUCGAGAAUCCGCAGGCCGUUUGUCAGGUGAGUGAGCGCCGCGGUGUGGUCGGCCCGCAGCAUCUCGAGGCAGAUGAAGGACAAACAGCAGAUGAGGGUCACCUGGAUACUCUCGGGGCUCGACGGGCACGCAUGCCUGGCAAGAAGCGCGAUGCUCUUGUUGUACUGCUGAAUGGUGAACAGCUCGAGCUCCUCACUGGACUCGUCCCCCGCUGCUGCCGCCGCCGCUGCUGCUGCUGCUGCUGCUG